GCGCCGGCCAGUUCACCGCCCAUCUCGAUCGGUAAAAUUGCACCGGCGAUCGACGUACGGUAGGUCGGUAGUAGCAGCAAAGAAACUAACCAUGAGGCAGGCGAGGCCGUACUCGGGGAUCUUCUGCGGCGGGGUGUCGGCGCGGACGGGCCCGCACGCGCUGCCGCUGGCGCGCAUCAAGAAGAUCAUGAAGCGCUCCGCGGGGGAGGCGGCGGCCGCCGCGGACGGCGGCGCCAGGAUGAUCUCCUGCGAGGCGCCCGUUGUGUUCUCCAAGGCGUGCGAGCUCUUCGUCGCCGAGCUCACGCGCCGCGCCUGGGCCGCCACGCUCGACGGCAAGCGCCGCACCGUGCACAGGGAGGACGUCGCCACGGCCGUGCACAACACCGACCUCUUCGACUUCCUCGUCGACGUCGUCACGGCGGACACUGCAGGUGGAACCGGCGGCGGCGGCGGCGGGCACGACGGCGACGGCCCGCUCUAAGCUGCAUGGGGACGAAUUUUCAGCCGUUUGCUUGUGCCUAAUUAAAAAACCACCUGCCCACACGAUGCUCUGGUGCGGUGACUUGUACCAACUUCUCUCAUGAAAUCCCAUUCUC